CGCCCGGGGCCUGGUCCCCGCUGCGCCCCGCAGGACCCCGGGCGAGAGGAGGCCUGCGUUGGGGCAAGCUGGAGGCCUUGCUCCGAAUCUGGUCGGGACGGGGGCUGGGGCCGGAGCCGGACGCGGCGCGGGCCGGUGUGAGGGCAGGCGCGGGAGUGGCCCAGCCGGUCAGGAGAUGAUAGGUGGAAAUGAAUCCUGUACUGCGGGGCCGAUACCUAUGUCCUACUUAACCUGCCUGACUGACAUUCUGGGAGAAUGGACUGGUGUGGAGCACAUUGAAGAUUAUCUGAGUUACGCUGUCUACCUUACCUGGCUGCUCUUUCCGCUCGUGGUAGUUUUUCUGCUUCCGGGAGUUCUCGUCAUCCUCUUCUACACUUCCAUUCUCUUUCUUCAUAUUUAUAAAAGGAAGAAUGAACUAAAGGAAGCUUAUUCCAAUGAUUUUUGGGAUGGUGCAAAACUAAUGUUGGCGACCCUAUGGGAUGGACAUGGAAGAAUAUGGCACGGUUAUGAGCUUCAUGGUGCUGAAAAUAUUCCUGAAGGACCAGGGCUUAUUGUGUUUUAUCAUGGAGCUACUCCUGUUGACUAUAUCUAUUUCAUGGCUAGACUUCUUAUACAAAGGAAGAGGUACUGCCACGUAGUAGCUGACCAUUUCGUCUUUAGAUUACCAGGUUUUAAAAUAUUACUUGAUGUACAUGGAGUUAUGCAUGGACCAAAAGAAGAAUGUGUCAAUGCUCUGAAGAAGGGCCGCCUGAUAGCCAUUGCCCCGGGUGGAGUUCGGGAAGCACUCUUUAGUGAUGAAAUGUAUACUAUUAUCUGGGGUAAUCGGAAGGGCUUUGCUCAGGUGGCCAUUGAUGGAAAAGUGCCCAUCAUUCCUAUGUUUACACAAAAUGUUCGAGAAGGCGUUAGGACGUUAGGAGGAAUAAAAAUACUUAGGUCACUGUAUGAACGUUAUAGAUUGCCGUUAGUUCCUUUAUACGGUGGGUUUCCAGUCAAGCUUCGUACGUUCAUCGGAGAACCCAUUCUAUACGAACCAAAUACAACUGCUGAGGAACUGACUGAAAAGACAAAAGCAGCAAUCCAAGCUCUGAUAGAAAAACAUCAGAAAAUACCAGGAAAUAUAUUUAGGGCUUUAAUGGAACGAUUUCAAACACAAAAGAAAGAAGAUUAAGGUCUUCUGAAGAAACUACUAUUUGGUUAUAAUGUUCUUAAAAUCCUAUUUUUAAGUUAUUCAUUCUUCUAAUAAUAGGGUUUAAAUACUGUCCUAAUGGUACUGCUGUAUAAUUUAAGAUACAAGACACUCCCCUUGCCCUUCUCACUAUCUGAUAUCAAGCUCAGGAACCCAAACUUCAAAUCAUUCAUAAUGAAGCAAAGCUUAGUUUUUGAUAAAUGCAUUCCUACCUUGAAUGUGAUUUCUUUUGUUUGUUUGGUUGGUUUUGUUCCAAAAAUGACAUUGCAAAUCUUUAUGUACGUGGUAUCUUGUCUGUUUUCUUUUGUUUUCCCUCUACCUAUAGUUGCUCCUUAACCUCAAUGUUAGACCUGCUGUAGAGAUAGUGUCUUACUGUCCUGAUCAUUGUUACUGUUAAGUAGGUUUUGCAGCCCAGAUUAAUGCCCUACAGCAUUUAUGAAUAUUUUGUUUAGGUUGUUACCCUUGUGCUGCCUGCAAACAGUCAGCCUUCUCUGGCCUACAGGAGCUGUAGCUAUGCCUGUAAAACCAACAGUGGAAAGUGUUUAGUUUUACUGAGUGAGCUCAGAAAGAGUUUGGAGGAGUGAAAAUCAGAGAACUGCAGCAUACCAAGGAAAUCAGUUAUAGAAACCACUCUGAUGUUAUGAAUGAGAACCCUACUAGAACACAGUUGCUAUUCUGAGCUGAGCCAUAUUGGAUAUCUGCUGGUGAGUAGAGAGUUGUGCCCUAUUCUCAGUGAAUCUUCAAAUUCUCCUUGGAAAGAAUGAGCCAAGCAUUUAAACUUUCAGAAGUGGAAAUGACAGUACUCUUUAAUGAUGUGAGCUCAUAAAGCUUUAUUGUAAAUGAAAGAAAAAAUUAGUACAACACUCCUUUUAAAAGUAGUAGUUCUUUUGAAAAACAGGAUAGACGUUCCCAAAUAGCCUUUAAAUCUAGUGUAGGUGUCAGCUGUUAAGCAUCUAUAUUCUUCAUAGUUGUCUACGUAAGUUAUUAAAUCAUGGCUGAGACGGAAUUCCUUAAGUGAAAACAAUUGAAUGAGUAAGAAAGAGUUACAUGAGUGGGCUUUUAUGCACUUAUGGUAAAUUACAGAAUAUUUUCUCUGAACUAAAGCCUAUGCUUUUAUUGUCUAAAUAGGAAAUAUUUGAAAUAUAUCUUCUGAUUCCCAGAAAGUUAAAUCUACCUGAAAUGAACAUCUGGGAACUCUUUAGUUUUGACAUGAUACAAAUUCCUUAAGGAAAGGCAAAAAAGGCUUUUGCUAUAUUACAUGGUCCCCUUUCAACACUGGUGGGAUUUCACCUUUUCUUAAACAUUCCAAAUAACCACCAACAACAAAAAAUCCCAACUUUUGAAAUGACGGUUCUAUUCAAUUUAGUAUCCAUCUCUCCCAUCCUUUAAGCACAGGCUUUGCUGUAUACUCUUUAAAUGUGUAAAUUAAUGAUACAGAAAUGCAGGUGGCCGAUGCCCUGUGGUAGAAAAAUAUCACUUUAUUGGAAAGAGUCUAUAAAGUAUGGUUUAUAAAAAGCUUAUUUUGUGAUGUUAUUUUGUAUCAAAACCAUUCUGUGUGGUGGUGCGUUACAUUUUUUUAAGCUAGGGAAAGAAUCACAUUAUAUAAAAGCAAAUAUCCGUUCUGGAGUUUGUAAAUUACUUGGGUUUAAUUUGAAGGCAAGAUUACGUUCUUUUAAAUUUGUCAGAAUGUUACUAAAAAAUAUUAACCCAGUACAUCAUUAAAAGUGAUAAUGCCAAAGUCCCACGUCAGAGCAUAGCUUAAGUGUGACUUUGUCUUUACUGUCCAACUUGAGGAAAAGGCACAUCAGUCUAUAUUGUGAAAAUGACAGAGGCAGCUGAACACAUUUUGUGUCCAGGUUGCAUAUAUAUGUCGAAGAGGACUCAGUCUAAAAGGUUUUGUUAGACAUGGACAGACAUUUGUGAUCUGGGAUUUUGUAUGAUCUACUUUGCUAAACAUACGGGCUAUUUGUGCAGUUUUGUCCCUUUAUUGAAAGAUGGGUAUAAAAAAAGUGAAGGGCAGUAUUGGUACUCUUUUAAGUGUUCAUAUUUGUAUAGGGCUUUCAUAUUUAUUUCUAUAUAUAUGAAAAAAUAUAUAGAAGGCACCUUUCGAAUAAAAUUGGCAACUGGAACUGGGUUCUGAAGUUUUGCAUUGUGUUUGAACUCAAUGGCCUGCCGAACCUUCAGUGUUUUUCAGCAGCACUUCAUACCCUUGAGAAGCUUCUCUUGCCUAGUGUCUGAGUAGGGGUGGAAGGUUCAAAGCCCCAGAAGGAAUGAAUUAAAGGAAAAAUAAUUGAGACAACAGUGAAACUGAGAACAUAAGUCACAUAAACAAUAAGGAAUGAGUUUUAGUAAUUGUAAUCAGGGCUGCAACUGAGGAGACCUCACCGGGCACUGCAAUACCACUUCAGCUGCAUUUGAGAUUCCACAACAGAAAGUGUCAUGGAUACUGAGUAGUAAAAGGUUUAUUUAUACAUAUUUGGUGUGUGAAUAAUUACCUGGUCUAUUUCCUUGAGAAAGGAGGCUGACCUGGAGAGAGACUUACAAGUAAGGCUGCAGACCAGGCUUCCUUUUAGCUCAUUUGGUCUACUGUACGUCAUGCGGGAGUGUUUAAAGUCAAUGUCGCAGCAUUAGACUAGGCUGCUGAUUGCCUGGUCGGCCUUUGGGUACGCUGAAGACAUUCCAUGUUUCUCUAUGCAACCAGCAUAACCAUGGCAUAUGUUUUUAGGUUGUUUGGAAGUAGAAAUAGACAAACUGCUGUACUGGCAGGUUAUUUGUCACUGCCUCUCAGCAAGACCCACAUCUUGUACUGGCCGAUUUAAUGUCCUGUUGUGUAAUGGCAGAUCUCAGUCCGAACAUCUAUUAUUAGGAUGCUUUCCUGUGAAACUAAUCACUGCAAAUGCAAGGCAGCGCAGUUAGUCAGCAUUGUCAACGCAAUUGUGUGGUUCAUCCGGUAUUGGGUUUGCUGUACAAGUAUACCAUUAUGUUGCUUCAUCCUAUUAGCCCAUAGAGAAAGGUGCAGCUCUGGUGACACUUAAUCUGUUAUCUUUACAGUGCUUAAUCCUUGUUAAACCCGUCAUAGACACUUGACUGCCUUUUUUUUGGUGUUCUUUUUGCGCCAAGACAUUAUGCUACCAGAAGUAAACAUGGAUGUGCAGAAAAAUGCCACGUUGAGUGUAAUAGCACGGCAAAUACAUGCUAAGUAAGAUAAUCCCCCAAAACAUGUCUGCUGAGACUUCAUGAGACAACCUGAUGUCGCUUACUUUCUUAGUUCUGUUCACUUUAUGUCUAUGAGAGUCCUUGCCAGCAACAAAAAUGGUGUGUUUCUAGAACAUGGAUCAAUGAUGCUAAUGCCUUUUUGUGUAUUUUUUUUCCAGAACUAUACCAAAUGAAUGGUAGUCUCAACACAAAUGACUGUGGUCAUCAUGGGUUAUUUGCAGCAUUUGUUUGUCUGUUUUUUUUCCCCCCAC